AUGAACGCAGCAACCAAGAUCUCCCGGAUACUGCCCAAGCGGACUUGGGCGCGAAGCACUCCGCCAUCGAGGACGUACGCGACUGAGCUGCCCCGACCACCGCCCUCGGACCUGCCUCCCGCACAAACAUUCUCGCAGCCCUCGAAACCAAGAGCAUACUACGACCGUCCCGCGCUCAAACGCGACUUGCCGCCAUUUGAGCGCAAAUGGCCGACGGUGCUCGCGUUGGGGGUGGCCGGAGUGACCGGCUGGAUCGUCUUCUACAUAUUUGCCGCGAACCAGGAGAAGCUGUCCAGUUCCGUCGUUCGCCAAAUCCUUGACAACAUACGCGACAGUCCCGAGCUGAAAGAGGUGUUGGGCGAUGCCAUACGUCCGGAACCUGCAUGGUACCUUAACGGACAUCCCUGGAUAGCUGGAUCGGUAAGCAACAUGCAGGGACACGCCGACGUCAGCUUCCGAGUAAAAGGGCACAAAGGUGCCGGUACGCUCUACUUUACGAGCAUACGAAAGGCCAAGGGAGAACCCUUCACCGUAUUACGCUUCCGCGUUAUUACCGAUGACGGCACCAUCGUCAAUAUUCCUCUAAGCUCGCUAUCAUAA